UUUAAUUUUAGUUGCUAACACGAUAUACACCAGCCCCUUCGUUUUUACAUUUUGGUUUAUGUUUCUAAUAUUAUUUCUACCGACAAAAUUUAACCGUAGAUUACUUCUCCGCAUUUUGCUGCUUUUAUGUUUACUUGUCGUUUACAAACACAUCCAAGCCCCCUUUUGUGAAGCUGAAUUCUGGCACUAUCAAUCCCUGUGCACCUAAUUUGCGGCAAGGUUGGCCAAAUACCAGCGGCCAAUGCCCGGCAGUCAGUUUGUUGAAUACACAAUUCAGUUGCAGCGAAGAUGUACAUACAUAAUUAAAAUGUUAACUCUAUAUUUAGCCCACUAAGCCAUAGAUUAAUGAAACGAGAGUCAAUCGAUGUAAGCAGGACUUCUGAUUUACUUAUAAGUGCUCAAACGGACCAACCCCAGCGUUGAAAAGUAGUGUUGUUAAGGAUAAUUCAUUACGUCAGUGGACCAAUUGCUCAGCCUACAAGUGAAAGUGCCUUCUCCCGAGCAUUCCUGUGUUACGCGAAAGUCAAAUCUGCGCCCGCCCGACUUUCGUUGAAUGGGGUCGCGUGCUUUUUGGCCAAAAUUGUACUAAGGUACUGUGAUGGUGUGGCCAAAGCAUACACAUAUUAGAUGUGAUACCAGUUCCUACGUUAUGCCUCUCUGUGAGCAGCCUCCCACCGAGGCUGCAGCUGGCCGGCCAGCAGAGAGGGAGUGGAGUCUGUGUGCGCUCGCUGCUGGUGUUCGUUCAAUCAUCAAUCAUUCCGAGCGCCGCGGUAACAGGAGUAGUAGGCAGAAGCAGUCAUAUGGAACAAGUCUCAUAGUUUUCGUGUGCCCACGCUGCGCCCUUGCCUCUGAUGCACUCUGACUCGCGGGAAAGAAAUGUCUGCCGCUUGCGACUUCGUCUGUGGAUGGAUCGCAGGAGCCUGUGGAUUGGUAGUAGGCCAUCCAGCUGACACAAUCAAGGUUCGGCAACAAACUCUAGGCCAAGCAGGCGCAUGGCGAUGUGCAAUCAGCACUCUAAGACAUGAGGGGUAUGGCGGUUUCUACAAGGGAAUGUCGUUUCCCGUGCUAUCGGCCGGCGUAAUGAACUCCCUCUUCUUCGGCGUCUACGGAACUAGUCUGCGACAAAUGCAGUCGCUGCUCAGUGAUGACGUGCGACCUGAGAGCGAGGCCAGCCUUGGCACCGUCUUCCUGGCUGGAUGCUUCGGAGGAGUUGCCCAACUGGGCGUGGCCUGUCCCGUCGACCUUGCCAAAAUCAAACUACAAAUUCAGACUGGAUCUUACUCAUGGAGAUCCAAACAGAUGAUUCACUACUCCGGACCAGUUGACUGCCUGCUGAAAGUCUUCCAGGUGGAAGGUAUCCGCGGGCUCUACAGAGGAAUCACUCCAAUGAUAUUUAGAGAUAUUCCUGCCUCGGGGGUUUACAUGUUAGUUUACCAGGCGACCCUGAGGUCCCUGAAGCCUUUGGAGAGUAAAAAAAGUACUCCUUUGUUCAGCACCAUGAUUGCUGGAGGAUUAGCUGGCUCUGUCUCGUGGGGAGUGAUCGUGCCGCUGGACGUAAUUAAGUCGCGGCUGCAGGCAGAUUGCGGCUCUGAACCCAAGUACCGAGGCAUGCUACACUGCGCUGCCAGCAGCUUGCGGUCGGAAGGUCCUGGCGUGUUUGGCAGAGGCUUCUGGCUCGUGGUGGGCCGCGCCUUCCCUGUUAACGCCGCAAUCUUCCUCAGCUAUGAACAUUGCAUGAGUCCGUGCCGGAGCCACGUUUGAAAUAGACAAAACAAUUACGUCCGGUGCUUGAGUGACCACGCAUCAGUUAGUGUGCAUGUUCGCAAACCAUUCCAGUCCUCUGAGUGGACUCGCUCUUCCAUAUGGGUUGUAAAUAAUAUUUGUAUGUUAUAUCUACAAAAAAGAACCACUACUUCAUUUGUCUGUCCACUUAAUUAAACCAGCCGAUUCUCAAGAAAUCCGAGAUGAUGCACGAAAUAUAAUGCCCUUUGCGCAGUUUUUUUCGACAAACUAUCAUUGCUUUAUUUUCUAUGCCAAGAUGUAUUUGUUUGGGGUUAAUAAAAUUUGUUAUAAAGAUUGUAUAAUA